AUGGCGCAGACCCCGCCGGGCCUGGGCCGCGGCUCCCUGGUGGCCUACGAGCUGAGCGCGGGCGGCGGCAUGGCCUCCGUCAGCUUCCAGAGCGCCGCCAUGGGCAGCGCCUUCGCCCGCUUCCCCCGGGCGCUGCUGGUGCACCGGGCUGGCGGGUCGGCGGGCCGGGCGCUCUAUGUCUUCCUGGUGGCCGGGCCGGCCCCGGCACUGCGGGGCGGCAUGGCCAGGGUGGUGCAUCUCGCUGUCCCGCGGGACGAGUCGGCAGGAAGCCUGGCCCGCAUGUACGGGGCGUUCAGGGCCUUCAACCCCGCCUGGGCCGAGACCCGGCUCCUCCUGGUGGGCCCCGGCCUCCCCCAGCCGCCAGCGCUCGCCCAGGCCUUUCCUGCAGCGGAGGUGCAGCUCUCCGUCUUCCACCUCUGCAAGCGCCUGCAGCAGCAGAUCCAGCGGCUGGCCUUGGAGGGCCGCGUCGAGCGCCUGAUCCUGGCCGCCCUGCGCGACACCGUGUGCGCAGCCACCGGGAGCAGCCGCGGGAAGAUGCACGCCCUCCUGAGGGACCUCGUGACGCCAGACUUGCUGCCUCAGCUCCAUAUUCACUGGCUGCUCGAUGAUGAGAUCUGGGCCGUGCACAGGGAGAGGACUUGUGGGGAGAGCAGUAACUACUUUAGGGACCUGGAGAUUGUCACCCAGGGGUUAAGCCAGGUUUUCAGUGCUGGGCUCUCUCUUGAGAGCUGCAUCACCUCCUUAGCCCAGUACUACCAGAAGUGUGUUUCUAAGAGCCCUCCAGAUACCGCGAUAUGCUCUGCUCCCCAUCCUGAUCGCUGUGCUGCUCAGGCAGUUCCCCAAAGCCUGCCUGCCUCACGUCCGCCUCUCGCCCCUCUGGCGUGCCAGGGUAAGCCAUCUCAGAGCUCCAUCCAGGCCUCUCCCACCACAAGUUCACUGGCAGCUCCUCGGCUCCCUGCGGCUCUUCAGCAUCAGCCUGAAAUCCCCCAGACUCUCCUCCAGAGCGAGCCUGCGAGCCCUCAGUCCUCAUUAGAUCCUUCAUCUCCUGCGGCUAAGCUGGAGGCCACAGAAAACCCAGAGGGUGACAGCGAGGAGGAGAUUAACCGAAGGACUGAAGAACACAUCAAGCAGUCUUUGAGUGAUAUUUGCAUGGAGCCCGCUGCCAGGCUGUGCCUGAGUGAGUUUGCGGUGGUUCAGAAGUCGGUGCAGCUGAUAGGCACCGGGGAGGACGCUCUCAGCAUACAGGUCCUGGAGGAUGCCCACAGGGUGGACCUGAAAGGCCUGAGCAGCUGCACUUGCCACUUCAACCAAGUCUUCCAGCUGCCCUGCCGGCACAUCCUGGCCAUGCUGAAUUCAGAGAGGAAGACCUUACAGCCGGAGAUGCUCAGCAGACAGUGGCAGAAGGGAUGCGAUGCCCGUCAGGCUGGGCAAGACAGUGCUGAUGGCCUCUUGGAGGUCCUGAAGAGCUCCUGGAAUGAGUCGUUGGAUAAAUCCCUGGUGGUGUCCUUUCUCACGGCAGAGAUCAGCCGGCUUCUCACCCACUGCAGUGGGGAGGAGUUUGAGCGCAGGUACAGGACCCUCCGGGAGCUGGCUGACAGCUGGAUCGGGCCCUAUGUCAAGGUGAAGCUCUAACACCGAGCGGGAGCCGAGCUGGCCACUCCAUGUGCAGGCCCUCGGGAGCAGUGGGGCAGCAGAUGUGCAGGAGGCCUGUUCAUCACUCCAUCAGUGUCCCGGCUUCCCCCUUUGCUCCCCUCAGCCCAUCACUCCCUCAGGGCUCGGCAUGGAAAGGGCAGUUUGUGUCCUUUAUCUGCAAAGUGAAUGUCGCCUCUUGCAUGGGGCAGCUGAGGAACCGGAUUGGGAACUCCAGAUCACGCUGGAAUGGGUAACCAUCCGCUGACCUGGCUAACAGGAGAUGUGGCUGGGAGCCAACCACGGGUGGUGCGGCGUGGGAAGUGAUGGUAUAAUAACGUGACAAAAUUAUUUGAUCCGUGGCCAGCGCCUGAAGGUCCGUCCAGCAUCCAGCUGUGAUGUGUUGUGCAA